ACAGCCAAUUGAGUAGACUUGCAGAUCGGCUCUCAAGCCGCCCAGUCCUGUUCAAUACGCUGUACGGCCGGUCCCAAACUCCCAAGCCUGGUCAGGCUGAGCUAAUAGCACGUUUAUUUUCUUUUAUUUUCUUUUAUUUUUAUUUUUUCCCGUUGUCUCCUGGAGCACUUAAGCUAAAAGUCCUGGAGAAAAGCUUGGGGAUUUAAUUUAAAACAUCUUCUGAACCCCGCUUCGUUUUCAUCAAGAAGACAAACCCCUUGACUCUACAUACCUACACUGAACAAAACAUAUCAACACCGGAAGAAACAAGAUGAAUAGAUCUCGUAACCUGUGGAGUCAAGAGGAAGAUAACACCCUCAGAAGACUAGUUGAAGCUUGCGAGAAAGACAAAGUCGACUGGCGCCUCAUUGCCUCCUAUCUCCCCGGUCGAAAUAAUAAAGACUGUCGUAAGCGAUGGCAUUACCGUGUCGCUGCGACGAUGAAUCUGGGUCCUUGGUCACAGACUGAGGAUGAGUUGUUGAAGAUGGGUAUUCAUCGACAUGGGACGCAUUGGUCUCGAGUUGCGCAGGUAGUGGGAACUCGGAAUGGUGAUCAAUGCUUCAAACGAUGGAACGAUGUGCUCGAUCCGGCUAUUGAUCGCAGUCCCUGGACACGAGAUGAAGAUCGUCGACUCUUACUCGCAAUCGGCGAGUUUGGCCGUGCUUGGAAACAGAUUGUUGAUACAUAUUUCCCUGGUCGGACGGGCCUGGAUGCAAAGAAUCGACAUAGACAACUCACCCGGAAACGGAAGAGGGAACAUAGACCAUCCACCAAGACGAAGACAAUCAAGCAAGAGCCGCAGCAACAGCAACAAGUAUUCACGCCUGCGGUGCAGUCGCCCCUCCCACGAUUAACACCCGCCUCGUCGUCGCCGUCCCUGUCGGCUGUCGGGACACCUUCUAUCAUAAUUCCCUCUCAGCAACACAUCGACCCGUCCCCCCAAAACCAACAGGUACAUCUACAUUUACAUGAUCAGGUACUCGGGAGGGAUGACACCGGCACCGAACGGUCUCUGUCAACUCCUCCGGGUCUCUCAUCUUCGUACUGUUGGGACAUGCCUGUAGAAGGACUGUUUAGCCCCUCGCUUUCUAUUCCAACACCCACUCCCGCGACUCCAUAUAGUUCAUGCAGUAGUCUAUCGACCGGCACGUAUGAGCCGAGCUUGUCGCAUUUUGACGGCGAGCAACAGUACGAGAAUAGAGAGUUGUCAAUGCACGGGUUACCUGUUCAUUAUCCAUAUUACAUCCCAGCGCAUGAGCGGGCGCUUAGUGUACAGCAACAUCUGGACUUUCUCCCUAGUCAUGCGCAUACGAGCAGUCACCCGGGGAUGGUUGUAUCGUCUCCGUUUCAUGCACAGGGCGUCCUACCGGCUCAUCAUCAGCCGUAUACCGCUCUAGAUGGGAUUGUAAUGUGAUACGAGUACUCAACUUGCAGAUCAAGAAUGAUAGUUAAUGUUUACGAUAAAUCGGCAUAGGAACGGGAUUUAUUUAUGUCUUAUUCCAUAUAUUUAGUUCUAAUAACAUAUCCUCAAUACACCAGAGUAUAAUAUAUAUCACCGUCUUUCUUGUAAACUCCGUAUCGAAUCAUCAUCACUAUCAUCCAUAAACCCCUCCUCCAAAUCUCUACUCAACCUAACCUGCUCAUCACUCCUAAAACUCCUCCUCCUGCUCGCCUCUAACGCUUCUCUUCUGGAUGCCGACAUAUUCAUCUCCGCCAUAUUCUCCCCUUCUUCAUCGAAUAUACUUAUCGAGUCAUUAUUAUCCGGUCUAUUAUGAUCUACCGAGCUAUCAUCAUCUUCAUCUUCGGGGCCAGUGGAUGAACGCAUAAAUCGUGGUAAACGUCGUCGCCAGGACGCAGUCGGUAAGAAAAAAUGCAUUAGAGCAUCUGCGAUUCGUUCCCGGAUGGGCAGGGUCUGGGCUGAGAUUGUGCUUAGGGGCAGGUAAUUUGCGUAGCGUUGGCGGUAGCGGCGGAAGAAUGGGAGGAGGAGGUGGCUGAGGAGGAGAUAGAUGCUUA